AUGGGUUCAGAAUCUCGAACCGUUUGCGUUACUGGGGCUUCUGGUUUCAUCGGAUCCUGGCUUGUCAUGAGACUCAUUGAGCGUGGCUACACGGUUCGAGCUACCGUAUUAAACCCAGAUAAUAUGAAGGAGGUGAAGCAUUUGCUGGACAUACCGGGUGCAAAGAGCAAGCUGUCACUGUGGAAGGCUGACCUUGCAGAAGAGGGAAGCUUUGAUGAAGCCAUUAAAGGGUGCUCUGGAGUUUUCCACUUGGCCACCCCCAUUGACUUUCAGUCCAAAGACCCUGAGAAUGAAGUGAUAAAGCCUGCAAUACGGGGAGUAAUAGAUAUCAUGAAAGCAUGCUUGAAGGAAAAAAGUGUGAGAAGGCUAAUAUUCACAUCCUCAGCCAUAACUACGUACAUUACUGAACAUCAAAAGCCUUUGUAUGAUGAGACCUGCUGGACUGAUGUUGAGUUAUGCAGAAGAAUAAAGAUGACUGGUUGGAUGUAUUUCGUUUCUAAAACUCUGGCAGAACAAGAAGCAUGGAAAUUAGCAAAAGAGAAAGGAAUGGACUUCAUCACUAUCCUUCCAACUCUCGUUGUUGGCCCCUUUCUACUUCCAACAAUACCAUCUAGCCUUGUCACUGCUCUUUCUCCUAUCACAAGAAACGAGGCUCAUUAUUCGAUCAUAAGACAAGGUCAAUUCGUGCAUGUAGAAGAUAUUUGUCUUGCUCACAUAUUUCUGUUCGAAGAACCAAAAGCAGAAGGGAGAUACAUAUGCAAUGCAUGUGACGUUACUAUCCAUGACAUUUCAAGAUUCAUCAACCAAAAGUACCCAGAAUACAAGGUUCCCACCAAGUUUGAGAACAUUCCAGAUGAAUUGGAGCUGGUGAGAUUAUCUUCCAAGAAAAUCACAGACUUGGGAUUCCAAUUCAAAUACAGCUUCGAGGACAUGUACACUGAAGCAAUUGAUACAUGCAAAGAAAAAGGGCUUCUUCCUAAACCAGAAACUCUACUGAAUGAUAAAUAA